GGAGAUAGCGCAACGCCGUGGGUAUAAAAGAGCCUGCUAUGGCAUUCUCAUUUUAGUUCCUCCAGUUCAUCAUGGCGCUCUCUCUCCUUUUAUUCGUCUUGGGGGCCAGUACUUUUGCCACCGUGGAUGCAGCCUGCGACCUGCCUUUCAAAGUCAUCGGCGGCCGCUGCUUUCUCGUGGAAAACUUCGCCAAGGGGGCCUGGGCCGACACGAACCACUGGUGCGGCUACUAUGGGGCCACGCUGGCCAAGCUGGACGACGCCUCCGUCUUCGCUGCCCUCGUGCAGGAGAUCAAGGAUUCAGGGAUAUCUGAGACAUUCUUCUGGAUCGGUGCCUCAGACAGUGCGGCAGAAGGCAAUUGGGUGUGGCUGGACGGCACCCCGGUGGCAAUGGGGACGCCCUUCUGGAGUCUGACCGGCAGCUCGUGCACAGUUCAGGAACCCAAGGGAGGAACCGGCCAGAACUGUGCUGCCCUCCAUCCAAAAAGAAGCUACUAUUUUGAUGAUAUAGGCUGUACAACGCAAGCAGGCGCUAUUUGCGAAAAAAUAUAAAUCAGCUGCAAAGGCAGAUAAAGAGUUUCAUUGUAACAGCUGUUUGUACUUUUCCAUGAAAGUGGACUUGAGGCCCGAUUCUGGACUGCGUCUGUCUCUCACACACACACAUAAGCACAUAGAUUAGAUCAAUAUGCAUAAAUGAUUUGUAGAUUUAAAAUACUAUUGUUGCUAUGAGGAUGAUAUACUAUAGUAUCAUGUGUAAAUCUAAUGAUGGUGAUCCCCUGCCACAGUGGCCUGGGUCACUGAUUCCCUAAAAUGAAAUGAAUUCAAGAGUGGGUCCUUUAUGAACGCCACAUACAACCAUUAGCGUGCAAUGAAUAAAUUGUAUCUACUUUUUUGUUCAUAAAGAAGUAAUUUUUCAAAUGAAAUACUGUGAUUGUGUCAAAUACUUUUAACAAACUAAUAAACACACCUUGUGAUAAAA